UGGUGACUGGACGCGACACUAAUCUCACACACUCUACUCGGUACACUGCCACGACUGCCUAGGAGAUGGUCUAACCGGUUGCGCCUCUGUAUGUCCUAGCGACGGAGCUUGGACAAAUUGACCAGAUGGCAGAGACUCUCUCCCGUUCCUCGAUUCUAUCUACUACUCCCUCCGGGCUGGUCUCUUCUAUUCGGCAGGUGCUCUGACCCUUGUGUCUCGAUGACCCUUCCACGUCGAGGCCACAGCCUCCUCCUCUUCCUCCCUCUCCCCGGCGCACCAUGUUCAUCACAUACACGCACGUGGACCAGCUGAAGUCGCGUGCCAAAAAAUGGCAGGUCAACUCCUACCAGAACCGGCGGCGCCGGGAACUCAAGGCCACCCUGCCCGCGACGGACAAGUCUUCUCGGUCCCAGAGGCCGAGAGUAUUGCCUUGGAAGCAAGCUCCCCCAGGACCUGGCCAGGGCCAUCGGGAUCAACAUUGGGGCGAAUCGACGUGGGACGCAACCGAGGGUGGUGUUGAAGGCGAUGAUGUGCACGGGGCGGUCGUCCCCUUUGAGCCUCCUCUACAAACAUCCCCGGGGAGUCUGCGGAGUGACCCUUUCAAUUCGUAUCCCAUGGAGCCCUCUAGCCGAGUGCAGUUGACUGUGGACUACUGUACGCCAAUCCCCGUUCCAGCGCCCUCUAGUCGAGAUGGGAGACGCGAGCAAACGCCAACUAAUGCUUCCCAGUCACCCAGAUAUACGCGCCCAUGAACGCGGGCAACUACCGCGACGAUCAAGGGGGCAACUGGCUCUUGUCGUACCUCUUCCGGGUCGCCCUGCAGGCUGAUCUGCUGUUUGAAGCGACCGUCCUGUUCAUCUGGAGUCAGCUUCCGGCGAGCCAGCUGGGCUCGUCUCCGGAAGAGCUUGAGCGAAUCUUGAUGGGCCUCCGAGGGAGCGUGAUGCGGAAGCUCCAUCAUCGUCUGACCGUGCCGCAGCUGUGGUGCGACGACGUGACCAUCCACACCGUCUUAGCAUUGAUGGCCGGAGAUUUCCACCGCGGACAGGACGACCACGUCGAGCUCCACCGAGAAGGGUUGCGGCGCAUAGUCGACCUCCGGGGCGGAUUGCCAAACAGCAACCUUCAGCCUCAGACGCGAUAUUCGGUCACAGCAACGGAGAUGAUGUGCGACUACGCGAUCCGGAGGCGCAGUCGCUCCCCCAAGACCAACAUCACCCCGGACAGCACGCUGACGUACCCAAAGCACCCAUUCCCGCCAUCUCUGUCCAAGGCCCUGUCGGCGCUGCCCGAAGGGUUCAGCGACAUGGCUCUCCAAACGCUACUGUCCCACCAGGUCAUCCGCCUGCUGUACCGCAUGGCCAAGACGGUUGCGAAAGGCCCCGCCGAGUUCUCUGAGGACACGUCCAUCGCGGUGGAGAUGAUGCGGCUGUCGAUGGAGACCGACGCCGGCGCGCUCGAGAAGGCCGUCGUCACGCUGGCCUUCCUGUUCGGCCGGUUCCUCCUCGACGUCGCCACCAAAGGCCGCCCGGUCAACAGCUCCAAGCGCACGUAUCAGUCCAUGGAGGAGACCCUGCGCGCCCUGGCCCAGUCGGUCUUUGCGCACCUCGAGAAGGCCGGCCCAGGCUUUGUCGCCUGGGCGGUCUUCCUCCUCGCCUCCGCGGGCGUCGACUACGGCGUGCCCGACUCCCUGCAGGACGAGAUGCUCCGGGUGCUCCGCCUCAAGGUCCCCGCUGUGAGCCGGUCCCAAACGUUUCUGGACAUGUUGCGCAAGUUCCUGUGGCAUGAGAAGCUCGAGCCAUGUGCACAGGAGCUGUGGCAGCGGAUGAUGGAACGAAAGAUUUCAAAGUAAGUAAAAAAGGCGGAAAAUCAAAUGAAAUGAGCACAGGAUCCAUCAAAACUUGUUUCCUUUUUCCCAUUCGACCGGACCGUUCUUACGGCUGUAAUCCUAGCUCUUCCUUGCUCGGAAAGUUCCCUUGCGGCAUCAUAGCGUGUAUCUGAAUCCCUUGUUGUCCAGC